CUUAAAGGAAAACAAAUGGAGGUUCUGCCAAGCCCGUGGCUUAACUGUAAAGGAAACCUCCCUCCUACCCUCUCCACCUCCCUCCUCCCAGCCAGGCCCGCCCCAGGUCCAGCACUAUAUCAAGAGCCUGCCUCCCUCUACCAAACUCCACAAUCCUGCUACAGUUUACAGCUGUAUAACGGCCCUCUCUCCUCGUGUUCACUCUUGACCAGCAGACAGUCAGCCAUCAUGUUUUACAGCCAGAGCACCGUUGGUGGUCCCUCCAUGAUCACCAGGCAGAGCCGCAGCUACACAUCAAGUGCUGCUCCCCACAAGGCUCACAGCGUGUCAGGACUGAGCUUCAGAAGUGGCCCACGCAUCUCCUCUACCAGCGUGCGCACUGUCUCCUCCGGGUAUGGAGGUGGCAUGGGAGGCGGCAUGGGAGGCGGCAUGGGGUACGGCAGCGGCGGGUUUGACCUGUCCAACGCCCUGGACCAGAGCUCCGUGCACCUGAACGAGAAGGCCACCAUGCAAAACCUGAACGACCGUCUGGCUUCCUACCUGGACAAGGUCCGCUCUCUGGAGGCGGCCAACGCCAAGCUGGAGGUGCAGAUCAGAGAGUACUAUGAGCAGAAGGGGCCUGCAGCAGAGAGGGACUACAGCAAAUACUGGGCCAUCAUCAAUGACCUGAAGGACAAGAUUGCCGGCGCCACCAUCGGCAAUGCCAACAUUCUGCUCCAGAUUGACAACUCCAAACUGGCUGCUGAUGACUUCAAAACCAAAUUCGACCAUGAGCUGAUGAUGCGCCAGUCAGUUGAGGCUGACAUCGCCAACCUGCGCCGUCUGCUGGACCAGACCACCCUGACCAAGGCUGACCUGGAGAUGCAGAUCGAGGGCCUGCAGGAUGAGCUGGCAUACCUCAAGAAGAAUCACGCAGAGGAGCUGGCAGCAAUGCGUUCUCAGCUUACUGGCACAGUCAACGUGGAGGUGGAUGCCGCGCCCCAGGCAGACCUCAACAAAGUCCUGACCGAGAUCCGCGCCCAGUACGAAGCCAUCACUGACAAACAUCGUCGCGACCAGGAGUCCUGGUUUAAUGAGAAGGUGAAUAGACUUCCAUAAACAAUCACAUCCCACACGCUGCAAAUGACUGGAGUAUCGGUGACCUGCAGGGCUAAAUGCAGGGGCCUGGAGAUUGAGCUGCAGUCUCAGCUCAGCAUGAAAGGGGCUCUGGAGAACACACUGGCAGAGACAGAAGGUCGUUACAGUGCUAUGCUCGGCGCCUUCCAAGACACAAUCAACAUGCUUGAAAACGAACUAGGCAACGUGCGCUCGAGCAUCGAACAGCAGGGCCAGGACUACAAGAUGCUGCUGGACAUCAAGACCAGGCUGGAGCAGGAGAUCGCAACCUACAGGAGCCUGCUGGAAACAGAGGAGUCCAGACCUAUUGCUACAGGGGGCUCAAAGACCACAGUCACAACCACCACUGUGCGCAGUUCCAGCUAGGAGGUGCAACUGGCAGGACAAGCUGUUCUCAGAUGCACACAUUCACACACACACACACACACACACACAUACUCCAGCUAAUAAAAGCUGUUACACAAGAUGAGUGAAACUGUACUGGAGAAAACUCAGAUAUGUUAAAAGUAAAGCCCGUUUACAACAUUUGCAUUUAAUUUGCUUUAGAAGAAAUCAUUGUGUGUGUGUGUGUGUGUGUUUAUGUGUGAUCUGUCUGAAAAAUAAAUCUGCUGGUAAAUACAA